CUCAACAGUAUUUGAUCACCCGUUGGACGAACAAAACGCUUCGCCGAACGCAUUCUCAGUCGACGAAGGAACGUUCUCUCGCGUGGUUCCUAUCUACAGGUGUGCGAGUGAUCAUCUCCCUUAGAGAGACGAGAGUGUAGCACAUCUAAGUAUGGGUGUCACUCACGCCAGCAGUCUAUUCGUCGUGCUCGCUGUAUUUCUAAUAACAGUGGAGGGAGGCGAUAUAAUACGCAAGAGUAUUGUUUUCGACAAGAACACGCCGGACGUGUUUUAUUGUCCUCAGCACAAGCCAACGGGAUUUGAAAAAAUGAUCGUUAAAGCUAAACCUUUAUGGAGGCUUUGUCAAUUCGAGGGUAAACCCAUUCCGGAAGAUUAUAAAAGUGACUGUUACAAUGACGUAGAUGAAUCGGAGUACGCUUGUAAGGAAAAAUACAGAAUUAUGAAACGAAUCAAAAAUGCAGAGGGAGACGCAAAACCCAUUGACAACGACUACAUCGAGAAAUAGAUGAAAAUGACGAUGCUGCACGGCCAAUCCACGCGCAAAUCCAUAAACACUAUAUAAAAGAAAAAAAAAAAAAAAAAAAAAAAAGAAAAAAAAAACAAAAAAGAUACAAAACAACCCCCAAAUUUAUAUCUUACUAAUGCUCGGGCUGCGCUGUCGCAGGGCUCAAUAUUUGUACAGUAAUAUUGACUAGGAGGUGGCAGAGACACAUAUAACGUAUUUUCACCUAAUCAUUCAAUGGCCCGCUUCGCUUUUAUUCUUGUUCUUUUUUUUUAUAUAUAUAUAUAAAUAUAUAUAUAUAUUUUUUUUGUUUUUUUUUCUCCCACUACAAAUUACGAUGUACUUGUAGGUAUUGACAAAGUGUAAUGUAUUAACAAUCAGUCAAAAAAAACAAAUUUAAGAGAAAAGAAAUUUAAGUUGAGAACAUGAAAAAACAUAUACGCUUGUAAUACAUAAGUAUGUUUUAUAUAUAAAGAUAGAAAGUAACAUUUGUGUAAUUUAUAUUAUAAAAAGAGACGAUAUCUUUUACAAAUACAAUAAUACGAUCCUUACUAUCCGAGACUUGGAUAUAAACAUUUAAUAUUUUAUUUAUCAAGUUUUUAUAUUAUUCUUUUUAAAACUGUACGAAGAAUGACAGUGUAUCCUAUUCCUAAUAAUCCAAUUCGUUUGUAUUAUUGAAACAAAAGUAAUGAAAAAAAAAAAAAAAAAAAAGGAAAAAAAAAAAAGGAAAAACUUGUACCUUUUACAAUAUUAAUAAUAAAACUAACACUGAUAGAGAGCUUGGCAGUUAAUCAUUAACUCUAAGACCUAUGGUAUGGUUUUAGCCUCCUAACGCUGCUUAAUAUUUCAGUCAUAGAAAAAAAAGAUAAUAAUUAUGAGAAUUCUUCACAAAGAACUGUAAUAUUGUAAUAAUAAUGAUAGUUUCUUAACAAA